AACAAUUUCACUGUCAUCGCGCUUGCAGUGGGCAUUCCGCGGCACAGUCUUGCCGGGCGCAUUAACAACUGGAGACGUCGACAACGACGGUGUAAGUAGCUGACAAAAAACUAAUACAUAUCAUGGGUAGCUCUUCUUUGCCUUGGCCUUUGCCUUUGCCUUUGCCUUUGCAUGAGCUUACCACUUGCAAGGAUUGCUUUGUAGUGCAAGGAGUUUGUAGUUGGAAGUGUACAGGGGGAGCUGGCGAUUUUCCGUGGACGUGGAGGCUGCGGGUCAUGGCGGUCCUCAGAGGAUCAAAUCGAACCCGAGUUUGACUGCUGGGAAGCUGUUGUGCGCGGUGAGAUCCCAUCUGAUAGCAUUAGUGGUGCAGCGUCCGUAAUCGAUGCAAUGAGUCUGCGCCGCCAAAGUACUGACCCUAGCUUGCUACCGAGCAUGUCUUCGCGUCGUGAGUCGUUUUCGUUUGACAAUAUUCUGCAAAUGUUUGAGCCCAGUGAGCACGCAUCGCACGCUGACAGCUCCAAUGAGACCAGCGAGGAUGAGGGCGACCGAAAGCCGUUUGGCCGGCGAAACGACCCGAAGCUAACCGGACAUGUCAAAUGGGAGGACGCAUUGGAGAUUGAGCGCGAUGGACGCAAGCCGUGGAUCCUGGCACAAAAGCUUGGGACCAUCACGUCGGUGCUGGUGGCCGACAUCUCAAAUGCUGGGCAUAACUCGAUUGUGGUCAUUAAUGGGGAAGGAAAGUGCCAUAUUUUCGAUUAUCCAUUCAAACGCCGCCUGCAUCCGGACCUGGCCCGGCGCAAUAGGCAGCGCAGGCAUUUCCGAAGGUUUUCGCAGGACCGAUUCUUCCGUAACAGCACACACGGUCCGCAGCGGCCAGAGCGCCCGUCGGACCAAGUCCACGGCAUGGAGUGUACUGGCAAUCUGGAAAAGGCUGGCGAUUGCAAUGGAGUGGCCGAAGCCAUGCAUGCCAUGAGGCCAGCAUCGUAUGCGCGUGACUCAAUUCACGGCGAGCAGUCGCAGCAGGCGAGUCUGGACACACCAUGUACGGGCCUGGAUAAGGCUCACGCCAUGUCGCCAUUUGCGACAUCAAAGUCAGCCCUGCCACGGGCAACAGCAAGCACUGCAGUUCUGAACACCAUGGCGAAUACGGCUGCAGUCGAGCCAGCAAUGUCUUGGGGCCCGGAAUCGGCUGACGCACAUCUGAUGGGCAAGCAGAGCUUUCUCAGCACACAUACGUCCAACGCACUGCAUGCAGGCAUCAGAGAUGCCGGGCUACUACCUGGCGACAGUGGCAAUGCCGAUGUCCUGGCCACGAGCAAUGUGUCGUCACAAGCCGACCCACCCCUGACAAUGUUCAGCCGGCACGAUCCAGCCAAUAUGAAUGGACUGAAGGUGCUUGUUGACGAUGGUCACCCGUACGGAGAUGAAAAAGGCAACGGCGCUCCAGUACUCUCUCCAGGUCGUACUCACCACAUGGACAACACAGGCGAAGAAGGCAGCCUUGGAGCGCACAACACGCUGUCUGAUGCCCCAAUCGACGCAAUGAGCAUCGGCUACGACUUUCUCGACAGCGACUCUGAGAACGAGAUGGCAGAUGUAAAUCCCGACGGCACCCAUGUCUCGCUUCUCACUCACGAGGAGGUCCAGGACAUUGAGAAGAUAUGGGGCGCCAAUGUCGGCAAGAAGAGCGGCGACUGGUUCCCAUUUGUGCUCGACCACCCAGACAUGACGUUUGAGAUCCCCACCAACGUUGAGCACGCCAUGGUAAAGGACAUAGACAAUAACGGCCUGAACGAGCUGGUGUUGACAGCCACCGACGGGUUUGUGUACAUCUUCCGGAUCCUAGCGCCAACCAAGCAGUCGGUCAAACCCACGUUCGCCUCGCUUGGCAUGUUCAGCGGCAUCCCGACUACUUUGCCCAGCGUCAACAUGACUGGUGCUGGGUCUCCCUACCUGGUCAUGUCUGCGCCGCGCUCACCGGUUGCGUCAGAUACAGACUUCUACGACCGCAAGGACAGCGACGCAGCCAACGAGGUGGGCCAAAGAGCUGAUUUUGUCAGUGCACCAGCGUCGGCAUUCCCGCACGAAGAGCAGCCUGCCAACCAUUGCUCCGAUAUCAAGCUAGUCAACAAACUGUUGAAGACGAUCGACCUGUCGGCCACCCCCAGCGAUCGCCGGUCGCAGGGUGUUUCAACUUCUGGCGGGUCGUUUUCAGGCGGCACCACUGACCUACAGUCAGCAUCAGCAGCACAGACCCCGCGCAUUGCAUUUGCUGACUCAGCACAAAGCGCAGGCACUACCAGCAGCAUUGCUAUGCCGACAAACGCCAGAAGCCCACAUCUGCUGAACCUGCCUCCCGCACCGCCCCCGUCCCUGCAGCCAACCAUUCCAUCGGUGCUGACUGCCGCCCCGCCGUUUGCCAGCUCGCCAGCCAAGCGGCGUGGGAGUACCGGACGCAGAACCUCGCUGACUAGCCGCAUGCGCGAAAGUUUUGGUGGCAUCCUUGCUGGCUGGGAAGGACCUCGCCGGAGUGCUUUUGUGCACAACCAAACGGCGCCGCCCAGCCUCAACCACUCGCGGGCUCAGACCGCUGAGAACAGUGGACACUCUACUCAGGCGCAUUCGCGUAUGCCCAGCGGUGGAAAUGAGGAGCAGCUGGAUUUAGUGCAGGUUGCUGCAAAACUCCAUGACCCGAAAAACGACACCGAUGCAAAGACGCUCUUGACCCAGCAACGCAGCACUUCAACUAACACGGCUGACAAUUCGCCACAGGUACCAAAAGGCAGCCGGCGGCUCAGCCACACCAUUGGAGCAUUGGGCGUGGUCGAGGAAGAGAUACCGGAGCGCAGAUCGAGUGAGCCAGAUCAAAAGGCACAGUGCUUGGUAGAGGAUAGCAUUGGAUGCUCGCCCAGUGCGCCUGUCAGUAGACGGUCCAGCGUCUCAAAGACACGGCCAGUCAAGCCGUUUGCCGAGCUCGCUCCAGGCCCUGAUGCCGUGCCUGCUUUAGGUAAGGCAUCGAUAAAGCCAGCAGAUCCUACGGCAGAUUCGUUGUCUGCCACGGAGAACUUCCCAGAUUGGUAUUCAUCUCGCCGCCGCACUGGCGGACCAGGGAGUAGCCGCACACAUAGCCGGCGCGCCAGCAUCUCGCGACCACUAGGCCCAGGCAGUCGAGGGCAUAGCCGCCAGGGCAGCUUGACUGGCAGCGUGAUGCGGCUGCGGUUGCCACUUGCUGGGUCCACGCAUGCUGCGGAGAGUGGUAGUGACUCCAAGGGUCUAUCUGAGACAGAGGGAGGCAGCGGGCGCCGUGAGAGUGUCAGCAGCAAUAUAAGCGUGCGCGAAGGCAGCAUCCACAGCAACAUAAAUGCAGGGCUUGCUGCUGAACCGCUCGAGGUCGCUGUCAAUGCUCGCGGCAGCUUCUCAAAGCUUGGACCCUCGCACCCCUCGGUGCCCGGCUAUAUUGGCGCCGGUGGUGAUGAUACAAGCAUCUUGUCGCACGUGUCAGAGAAGCUUGCUGAGCUCAGCAUGCGGUCGUCGACAAAGAGUCUUACGCCAAAGGUUGAGACCCGCAGCAUCGAUGGGAUGCCUGGCUCCCGUGGCGAAGGCAACUUUGCAGUGUCUAUUGCAGAUAUGCUGGAGCGCGAUGUCAAUCUGCAGUUACCGCCAAGCCGCACCGUUGUUGACUGGUCGGCAACCAAGGCGGAUAAAAUCGCAACAUGGUUCCUCGACAACAUUCCUGGCAACAUAUCGCUAGUCACAGCGCCUGUGGGUGCCUUUGGCGAGGGCACUGCGCAACGAAACAGCGGGUUUGGUUCGGAUUCUGAGUCGGAGUGUAGCUGCUCAUCGUGCAGCUGUUCGUUUUCGAGCAGUGACAGCGAAGGAAGCACGUCUUCUGAAUCGGACUAUGGCAACAACCCUGGCACGGGUGACAUGGGCAUGAAAAGGCCCUCUACCCAGAUAUCUCUGGAUGCAUCGGUCCCUCUUGCGGCGCCCAUGGACCUAUCAGCAGUUGCACCGGUUAGCCAUGUCGGUGUCAACCUGCCUAAGCCAGUUGGCAUGAGUGCGAUUCACAAGGAGCGUCAAAACGAAGACACGACCUGUAGCUCCAAUGGAGGUGCUGGCCAGCAAGGGCCAGAGACUGACAUCCCUGGCUCGCCGCAUAAAUCCACAUCCGAACCAAAGGCAGGCGAAGAUGCGGAGCUUGCCAGGUCUGGUGAGGAAGCGGAGCAGGCAUUCCUGAUCCUGAGUAAGCCCGGCGGACGGUUUGUGCCAAUUGAUAUGGUUCGAGGCCGACUGCUGUCGACGGUAGAACCGCCACCGGUCCCAAGGCCGUCGGAUACUGGUGGCAACGUGACCCACAUGAUGAAUAUCGACACCAGUGACUCGCUUCGCGGACUGCAAAUGUCUGCGGCAGCAGACCUCUACAUGCAGCAGUAUGCUGGCGUUGACAUUUCAACUCUUUCAAGCUCAUACUUUGGCAGAUCGUCUAGCUGGCAUAGCAACAGCAUUGUGUGGCCGACGAACAUUCCAAUCGCCUCGUAUAACUCCACCGGUAACCCGAUCGACCGCAGCAUAGCCCAUGCUUCGGGCGAUGGUCCGGUGCUAAAGUCUCAGCGCAGCCACCCAUCGCUUGCCGAUAAGACCACCCCUAUUCCGGCACAUCCUGCAGGCGACGACUCGAGCGUCCCGCCAACACCGAGUGAUACCGGCAGCUUCGUCAGUGUCAACAUCGCCCACCGCGUGCCCCACGAUGUGGGCAGCGUCGGCAGUAUGCUUAGUGGCCAGCCAGGGUCGCGUCGGUCGCAGGUCAGCGGUGGCGCGCAGUCAUAUUUCAACUCGGUUCAAUCAAUGAGUGGUGGAGCGCCCUCUGCUUCUGGGAUCCGCCCAGCCCGCGGCAUGUACCGCGGCAGCAACGACGGCUAUCGCAACUCCUCUGGCGGCAGUGUCGGUCUCAAUUCUCUCUAUCUCCGUGGAGCUGCAACCAGCGGCAGCGCGACGCCAGUUGGGACCAACGCAUAUAGCCGGAUGGUGACCUUGGGAGCAGCUGGUUUGCGCGGCUACAUUGGCAAUCCGACAAAUCGCCAGCGUAACAGCGGCAGCUCGAGCGUUCACUACCGCGGAGAUGACAGCAGCCUUUCCUCGGGAAUGCACACGCUCAACUCUGCGUACACUGCGUCGCGCGGCUACAGCAUGGGGUUUGGAUCGAACACGGCGUCAGGUGUGGUGCUACGCGACAACCUUCCUAUCGUGCCUUCUACCCCGUCGAACAUGGCAGCGGGUCAGUCGCUGGUGAGCGGCACAGACCGCUCGGCAAAGUAUCGGUUGGAAGUGGCCCGCCAGGGUGCAAAGGGUAGGCGCGGUAGCUCGUCGAUCCCGACUGUCGCCUCAGCAUCUCCGCAGAAGGGGCAGCAUAUUUCUCGAUACAGCCCAUCGUUCGCUGGGUGGUCGGCUAGCUACAAGGAAAGCAGCAUACUCAGCACCAUUCGGGACCAGGACGACGCAGAUGAAGCUGAGAGAGGCUGCGCACCAGAGCAUGACACUAGCAAGUCAGAUGUUGGUGCUCGUGGUACAGUUGCGGCUACCGGCAGCAGUGGUCGCAAGGUACCCCCUGGCGCCUUGCCCUCAGACCCCCUUUCCACGCCCGUAAAGGACCUGUACACGAGUCCGUUUGGGGAUGAGUCCGGUCGAAGCUACUGGCAGCACACCGAACCGCAAUCUGUCCGCUCACAUUCGUCGCUGGGCACCGGCACAAGCGCGCACCAACUGGCCAUGGGUGGAGAGAAGGAAGAGGAAGUAGAGGAUGCGCCCCAGCCGAUGGAAGCCGACGUGGCAACGUUCAUGGUCGGCGGUGUGUCGACUGGAAAGCGUAAGCGCGCUAUCCUCGGCUCUAUUACCGGCGAUAAGAUGCCUGCCAAUCCAGAAACUGACGAUGUCGACGAGCAAGAAUCCAACCAGCUCGUUGCGCUGGUGACCAUGGACGGCAUCAUUAACUGCUACGACCCCAGGCGCAAGACUAACCACUUCCUCUGCCUCAACUCGCGGGACCCGGUUCUGGGCAUCUGGAAGAUCAAGAUGCACGAGGAAGUGUGUAACCCGUCGCCGCUGGAGACUAUGGCUCGCAUUGCCAAUGUCGACUUUGACUUGGAGGCUGGCGACGAGUUAUUGGCAAGUACCCCAGCCAAGCGCAUCUACCGCCGUGUUGGUCUGUCUCGUCGCGACCUGUACCACGCCGUAUGCCAUUCGAUCUAUGUCGAGGACCGCCUCUAUGCAGUUGACCAGGUCGAGGCGCGCCGCCGCAGGCGCAUCAAGCGCAGAAUCAACAGCUCGCGGAGCCAGCUUAUGGAUAAUCCACCAGUGAGAGGAAGGGGCCAAGAUGGAUUACCGCGGGUCAAGAAGCAGGCGAAACAGCUCAGACAAGCGCAAGAAAGCACAUCUAGAGCACAAAAGGCAGCCAGGUACAACCGUGUUGGCCGUGCUAUGCGUAGCCUCGGCCAUCACCUUCGUGACCUGGCAACUGGAAGUGGUCUGCAGACGGCAGCUGUCGAUCCGGCAGCUGGAGACGCACCGCCUUCGUCACAGCCGAUCACCGACGAUGAGGACGGCCACGGCUCGAGAAGUGGUGCACCAAUAUCUCCAAACAACCGGAGGUUUGCUGAUAUCAACAAGAAGCCCCUUACCCUCGAAAAUAGGCCAGGAGGGGCCCGGACCGUACGCGACGAGGGCCCACAUCCGGCUGCAGCUCACAACUUUGACACAUUAGGCAUGGGUGCAAUCCAGACACAGGAUAUGAAUGCGGCAUUCCUCCAGCUUGUGACCGGCGGACUCCCCAAACCUGUCAGCACUGAUCUGACUGCUGCUUUAACUGGCUGGUAUGGCGAGAACCGCAACGAUUACCGCCGUAGUCUUCGUGUUGCUGACAGUUUGGUCGUGAGCACAUGGCGUGGUACCACAUACUUUGUCGAUACAGGGACGCUCCUCGAUGUUGCUCAUUACUUGCAGCUGUUCAUGCAGCGCUGGAAUCGCAGCAGAGAUGCGGCACGAUCAGCAGGAACUGGGUCUGAUAAUGACGGGAGCCAUAGCGACAUACAGAGCUGUGCCAUGGCCAGUAUGUACGGCCAAUUGAGCCAGUUCACCGAUAUCAGUGGCCUUAUCUCGCGCUUGCGUGCCAAUGCCAGCGUCAUCCAGUUCAAAUUCCAGGACACAGUGGCAGCAUUUGUGUCUGAUACAUAUGCGCCAGCGACGGGCGGACCCAAUGUCCCAUGUCUUUUCUACGUUGACUACAAGGAUCGGAUCUGGGUUUACUACCAUCUGGACGAAAUCGCCGAAAUGGACGAUGUCUAUGGUGCGACAUGGUUCCGCGAGGAGAUUCCAAACCUGCAGCUGACCGAUGAGAAGCGCGAGGAGAUGCAAAAGAGUAACCAGAAGUACAACUACGACAAGCCAUUUUCGAUUGUCGACCUUGCGUAUCGCCGCAUCAACUUGGAUCCAUGGAUGCCGCUUCCCGGUGAUGAUUGGUACAAGAAGCUUGUGUCCAGCAAUGAGCACCAGUAUCCGUACUCGUCCAAGACAUGGCGCAAGAUGAGCUCUGUAUGCAGGAAGCAGGACAGCGAGCCUUCAAACACGAGCGAUGCGCCAAAAGAAAAGUCGGUGGCCAACUUCGAGAUGCACCUGGAGGACCUGCGCACAUUUGACACCAACCACGCACCAAGCGAGGUGAGCACGCAGGGACGCAGCAUAGGCCAAAUCAAUGCCAAUGUCACUGGCCGCUUCCACACAUCGUUUUUGCCUGGGCCGUACAUGUGUCCAAUCUGGGCGGAUAUCGAGUCUGUCGACCUGUACGAUGUUGGCUCGUGCUCGCUGAUGGAGCUGGCUACCCCGGAGCUCCUUGCAGUCAAGGACAUUUUCUGCGACGAGCUCGGGAUUGAUCCCGAGUCUGUCGACAAGAGAGUCAACUUGGCCACAAUCCCCGGCUUGGCAAACUGGGUUCGCAGCUGUCUAUAUCUCCCGUAAAAUCUUGAUAUCUAUGGAUGAAUGCUACUUGCAGUACGCCUCCAGUAUCCAUCGCGUAUGGUCCUGCAUAUCCUCAGUUCUGCGAGCACAAAGCGAAGCAACAGCAUGUUGCUUGGUGCCUAGCACGGCAUGACAGAGUCCACGAUCAAUGGGGUGCUUAGUGAUGGACAUAUGAUAAGGACCAACCUCUUGCCAAAGCACACUACAACCCCUGCCUAUAUCGUAUCAGCUACUGCCUCUGUGACCUUGCUCGAUUGGCUUGCAGUCUUGAGCGAUAUUAUAGUGUCGGAAUUAUUGUGCAAAGUAGUAUCAGG